AUGCUUCAAAAAUUUCUCUAUUCCUGUAGUUUCUUAUUUAUUGGGAUAACGGCUCAGCUCCAAAAUGAGGAGCUGAUCAGAAACUUUUUGGCUUCGCAAGAUGCCUCGGAUCAGCAAGCCAUCCGCUCCUAUCUGAACGAAAACGUGCGCAACAUCAGCGAGCUGGUCAACCAGGUCAGCAACGAGGUGUCGGAAUACCAAAUGGCCGACGCUUCAAAGGCGCUGAUCGAGCAGGCUUCCGAGAUUUGGGCUAAUGCUAACUUGAAUUUGGACGAGAAGUUGGAGCAGUUUGACGCCCUGAAAACCCAGGCCCAAGCCAACGCUCAGACCGCCGACGACUUCAGCAGGGUCGAGGACCAAAUCGCCGAGAUCCUCGCGUCUGACGUCUCUUCCGGACACUCCAGGAGAAAAAGGGCACUGCUGGCUCGCCGAAUCCACAUGCUACAAUCUACGACAGUGGAAUUACCG